UAUAUAAUUAUCUCUCUCGUACUCUUUGCUUGUGUAAACCCUAGAAAUUUCGCUUUCUCAAUUCCCAAAUCCUAACUCUGUUUUUGGAAUUCUCCGCCGUUUUCAAGUCCACGACGACAAUGUCGAUGUCGAAGAGCUCUAAGAUGCUCCAGUUCAUAAACUUUAGGAUGAGAGUAACGAUACAAGAUGGAAGGCAGCUAAUCGGAAAAUUCAUGGCGUUCGAUCGCCAUAUGAAUCUGGUUCUAGGAGACUGCGAAGAGUUUCGGAAACUUCCUCCGGCGAAAGGUGGCAAGAAGACGAACGAAGAAAGAGAAGAGCGUCGUACUCUUGGUUUGGUUCUUCUUAGAGGCGAAGAAGUGAUUUCGAUGACUGUCGAAGGUCCACCGCCGCCGGAAGAGUCUCGCGCUAAAUCAGGAUCUGUAACCGCCGUUGCUGGUCCCGGAAUCGGCCGCGCUGCUGGACGUGGAGUACCGACUGGUCCAUUGGUUCAAGCUCAGCCGGGAUUAUCUGGUCCUGUUCGUGGAAUUGGUGGACCUGCUCCUAAUAUGAUGCAGCCACAGAUCUCUAGACCACCGCAGAUUAUUCGACCUCCGGGACAAUUGCCGCCUCCGCCUCCGCCUGCUUUCGGUGGUCAAGGUGGUCCUCCUCCACCUUAUGGUAUGAGACCGCCGUAUCCUGGUCCACCACCGCCUCAGUAUGGUGGACAAAGGCCAAUGAUGGUUCCUCCGCCUGGUGGUAUGAUGAGAGGACCUCCUCCACCUCAUGGGAUGCAAGGACCUCCUCCGCCUCGCCCUGGAAUGGGUCCUCCGCCUGGUGGUGCUCCGAUGUUUGCUCCACCUCGUCCUGGCAUGCCACCUCCUCCGCCAAAUCACCAGAAUCAGCAACAUUAGGAGUCACUUCACCUACCACAAAGGUAACAUCCACAGGAAUGAGUAGAACCCUCGGCUAGUCAGAACUCUUUUCUCCUGGGAGCUCGAGCUUACAUGUUGGUGAUUCUUUUGGAAGAAGCUGCUGAGUUUACAAAAAAGUGACUUUGUAGAGGUUACAACACUGCUCUAUGAACUUAAUGUAUAAUUUGUAAAAGAGGCUUCUAAUGUUUUUGACUGGCAAAUUGGUUCUCACCAAACUAGGCUAUGUUGCUCAGUUAUUUAAUAUGAACCAGAGGAAGUCUUUAGUUCAUAAUCA